AUGGCUAGGUUGGUGAACGCCAAGUGCAUACACAUUUGUACUGCCAUCGCUCCCGAUGUGCCAUGCAUACCACUGCGGCUUAAUGGCACUCGCGAUUCUGACGAUCCGAUCAGCAACCCUUUUGGCCGCCUCUUCGUGAGAAAGAAAGCGCAAGCGUAAUAUGGGAACUCCGUUGCGUGGAAAAAGACAGAGUAACCAGUGGGUGUAAAAGUGGCUAAAAGGGUGGACAAAAAUGUAGGUGUGACUGAUGUGUGUGUGUGUGUGUGGGAGGCACGCGAAGGAUCUCUUUGGGACACACAACAUUGACAAGCAAAGGAUGAAAAAUUGGCGAACUGAGAACGCCAAAAACGAGCGGUAAAAAGUUAAUUAACCUCCAAUUCUGUCGAAUUUGUGGAUUAAGAGUACGUGGGUGUCCCAGCAUUCGGCUGGGGAGCGAACUCUUCGCCUCCCCCCCCCCCUUUCCACUGGUACCCUGUCUUCGUCAGUAAACCUCUUAUGGCCUCCAAGUGCUACGUGAAGAUUUGCGAGGCCCUGGCAAUGUAAAUUUCUUCGAGCUACACGCUUGUGAGUGUUACUACCCGAGUAAUCGAAGCAUUGUCAUACCUAUUUAGGAAAGUCAGUUUCGCAGGAAAUACUACCAAACUGUAGGCACCUCAUGCGCGCCUGUAAGAUUCACACGGAAAGUGAACAGUUUCCAUGCUUCAGGGUAUUUAGUCAAGAAGGGUGAGGACACUUCAAGUACGGCGGUUCGAUACGGAAUUACAGCUCGGCCUUUUGAAGCCGUGAGCAAAAAUAGUUCAAGAAGAACUGGAGAUCAUAAAGUGGUCUCAUAGAUCAGGUUACGGGGCGUACUCGUUCCGUUGUGCCUAGUGACUCUGUAUACAGCCCUCGCAGAAAGAAAAAGGUGCGGUCGCUGGAAGAAGCAGCUUAUCACCCUGGCGUUUCGAGUUCUCUCUCGAUCCCACCAUCAGAGAGUCGCUGAUGAUGAUGAUGAUGAUGAUGAUGAUGAUGAUGAUGAUGAUGAUGAUGAUGAUGAUGAGGAGGAGGAUGAUGAUGAUGAUGAUGAUGAUGGUGGUGGUGGUGGUGGUGGUGGUGGUGGUGGUGGUGGUGGUGGUGGUGGUGGUGGUGGUGGUGGUGGCGCAAGAAAUAUAAGUUUCUAUGAAGUAGGUUCUUUGAGGAGACUAUUAGUCAUACUACGAAUAUUUUCAAAGAUGGACCCCCAGACCAUUGUCAAACAUUCAGUAUAUUUGCAAAACGGGACACUUUCCCAACGUGCACGAAAAAUAGCCACUUCUCUACCAUUUGUAGCAAGGAGUUGUCGCUUUAGCUGGCCAUUCCGUCUGGAUCGGUCGUCGUAUUUUAUGUUUCUCCUUGAAAUUUUUCUGUGCAACAGCUAACCCGGUAUGUUGAUUAACGAAUGAGUCAUCCGAGCACAUGGCUUCGAGAGAUCUUGGGUAUUUCUUGGAUGGACAGACGCUUACAAAGCGGUCUUUGUCUUAAACAAAGAUGUGUCCAGCAUCCAGACUAUGCAUGGCUACUUGGCAAAGGCAGCCUACUUUCCUUGUCAUGUGAUGCCCAUAAAUGCGUGUCGAGGGCGAUUUUUCCGUUUAACCAUAGUAUAUUCUAUCGCAGGCAUCACAUGACAUGUUCUAUGAGAUUUCUUUCUUAUAUAACUAACAAGAUCUACCUUUGAGAUGUAAAAUCAGGGUGCAUACUGUGGUGGUCAGUUUGAGCACAACUGUGAGGGACCGUUUACCAUGUUGUUAACUUGCUUGUUUGACUUUAUCCACCUAGUUUCUUUUCUUCUGACUCGCACUGACUCAUGCACCUACUUACAUAACCCCUAGGGUACCAACUUAGGUACAAUAAUUCGAACAGUUAAGUUAAUUCUAUUGGAUGGCCUCCCCUAUGUGAGCGGAGUACUUUUGCUCGAUUAAGUGGGCUGUCGAUAGUAUUCCAUAUGUGAGAGAUGGGCUGACUGCUCUUAUAAGGCAGACUGGCUUCCACACAAAUUUCAUUGCAAGUUAUUGAUGUGUUAAAUGUUUGAUCAUUCUUUUGUUGUAUAAGGACAUAUAUAAAUGGGAGUUUUUAUCAAAUUCUCUCUUCCAGCCUAAAUAUUAUUCCUGGAAAAUGUGGGUCCGUGAUAUUGUGAAGCACUUCCAGACGAUAUUUUUAGCAACAACAAAUUUAUCAAUCACAUAAUGAAGCCAUAAUUAAGAAUAAAUUAGUGGAAGAACCGUAGUUUCUUAUAUCAGCAAUGAAACUAUGGUAAGCCAUAGGUGUUCCCGUCAGUUGUUGGUAGUAUUCCUGGACGAAUGAAAAAUUGGCUUAUAGACAUAUAUCUAAGAAUUCAUGCAAAGCAGUCGCAGUAUUGUCCGUGUUGUAGGACUGGGAGCGUUGCUCUGUUACGUUGUUUUGCCAAUUCUAGCGGUAUUAAAUUAAACAGUGGGACGACAUCGAGGAAAACCAUUAUCUCGUCCGCUGUAGUUGCCAUUUAUCGCGAUUUACUUAAAUACUCUGUACAGUUCUCAGUUAAGAUUCCACCAUUCUUUGUCAGUGGAUGGAGUUGAGGACCAACUAUACCAUCGGUCGCAUUGGAGCGUCAGUUUUGUGAACUUGAUGGAGUCGUUUUUUUCUCCUAAAGACGCCUCGAACUUUAGCAUCCGACGAAACCGGUGUCUUAGUAGCAUUUGUGUUAAGAGAUUAUAAGUUUAUUUGUCUUUUUAUAAGUACAGUCUCUCUGGUCGUCGCCUGUUCCGUUCAAAAUCGUGAUUGCGUCACCUGUGUCCGAGGGGAGGGGGGGUAGAGUUUUUAGGGUCUAUAGUGUCCUUCCUUCCGCAUGUGAUAGUACUGAAAAAUGAUUCCGGUUCUGUAAGGCUUGUAUGAGACUGUUCCAGACAGCAAACUAUCCAUCUCCUUCGAGGUUUUCUGAUGAACUAAUGAACUUAAAGCUGACGAUGAAGUCUAGGUAGUUCGAAUCAGAAAGAUUUUAUUUCAUCUCCCUGGAAAGUACGAGCAUUUCUGUUAUUGUAAUGGCUUCCGGCGCUGGGCCAGCACGAGGGCCAGAUAAGGGCACAGCACACGUUAGCCGGGCUGCGUAUCCCAUUACAAAUGCCCCACAUGGGUGACGUGAUAGCAUGUCUAGGGGCAAGCCCACGCCGCGCCGGCCGCUUGUGCAAAAUCCCGACAUCUGAUGGCUGACCGGUUCGGAUAGGAGAGUAAGAUCAACUCUGGUGGCUCCGUCCCUACUGGACUCAGCAUAUUCCGCAGUACAAACAAUCGGUCAGAUGUGGUUCUGUAGCCCCACCUGAAGUAAACAAACCCCAGUCACCUCUACUACGGGACCGGUGGUAAUAGGGGUUUUUACCGGUGGGGACGGGGAACGUACGGGCGACGAGGCCAAGUAGUUGUAUGCAAAAGAAAAGCUAUUGGGAAUGCGCGGUUGUACUUUGUAUGGUUGAGAAAUAGUUGCCCUAACCCCUAACCCUAACUUCUAACCACAACCCCUAACUCUAGCCCCUAACCUUAACCACUAGGCAUAACCUCUAACCCUAGCCCCUGACUCUAAUCCCUAACCCUAACCUCUAACCAUAACUCCUAACCCCUAACCCCAAACCCCAACAGUAUUGUGUCCAUCAGGUGGGGCUACCAAACCUCAUAUUACCAAACAAUCUGUCACCCUUUUAAACUACCACGACGUACUAAAAGUUGUGGCUCGAAAGACUGCCAGUUGGCGAAAUUACUCGGCCCGCCCACGACAGAGAGUCAAACUGCGAUGUUCCUUUCUUAAUGCGGCCUCCGUAGCAUUACCACCCAGAUGGGAUCCGAGUCCUCUUGUUUUUGCGAAAACCUGCUUCAUCGUUCGAGGAUCAGGUGUGUGUGGCACACGCAGGUAGAUUGUUUAUCUGCCACUGCGUCCGACCCCUUUCUCAGUUGUUUUGAUUUCGCCUUGACGCCGGAGCCAGGAGGGUGAGAGAAGAGCGAGUGCGGCAGAUGCUGCGCAAGUCGACUAUCAGUAUGAACUAAUCCAUGUGCAAAUCAUCGUCUCUGAGAUUACCAUGCCGUGGGGCGCAUAAUGGAAUCAUCAUUUACGAUGGUCGAACUAUUGAGUGGUAAGUUGCGCUCACCGGUCAGGAGAGCGGGAAAGGGGAACCCAAAACACAGCAAUUGUAGUAAAUCUCCAAUUACUUCAGGUGUAGGCGAUUUAAGGGAUAGAUCGGCGAAAAAUGGCCUUCUCUUAAAAAUCAAGUCAAAAGUCAGUCAAUAAACAUUUAUCAUGAACUGUGUAUUUAUAGUUUACAAAAGCCUACCAAACACCGAUGGUUCUCUUAUUGAACUAUGUGAACGUCGAAUUAAGACUGGUUUUAGAGUUUGUAAAGUCACUAAAUAACCUCAGCUGUGUCCCAGGCCCGAAUUUUGUCUUAAAUGGACGAUAACCGACAAAGUUCUGCGCUGAAAUCUAAGCUGACUGGCCGACUGUUGCCAAUGCUACGCUGGGCCCACUAAUCUGCUGUGUCCUUAUUGAUGGAGGGGUAAACGCCGUUGUUGACUGUAUACAAGGCCCUUAUUUACGCCUUGUUUGGCGUGAGGUAUUGCAUCCAGAAGACACUUGUGCGUCUAGGCGCCAAUCUGUAUCGUCGUGGUAUUUUGGCAGGCCACAGCAACCUGAGACUCGAAGCGUCCGACAACUGGCUCGUGGUCGCGGGCCCACACGAAAGGCUUCUCUCUAGCAUGUUUUCGUGGGUCCAUCCGACUCCUGCGCUCACACUGACGCACAUCGCUCUCACCCCCCUCCAGCAAGGUCUGGAAUGCGCGAUGAUUCACCCUUUUGCCGCCAAUGCCACUAGCACCAUCCGCGCGGAAGUCUGACAAUAAAUCGAUUGUGCGGGCUCUGUUUGGAGGUUGAGAUACUACGGCUCUUGCGUUAGCCUGACCCUCAGCAGUUGCCGUUGGAGUAUAUUAGAGGAAUUCUGAGGCCCUCUAGCGGUUGCAAAUGGAAAGCUCCUUUCGGAAGAUGUUAAUCGGAAGUCAGUCCUAUCUGCAAUGUACAGAGGAGCUCGUGUGUGAGAGAGAGAGCCCUGUCAGCACGCGUUCGCGUACUUUUGAGGGACAGCCCAGUUAAAUGCGGGACGUAGCCCCUGAUUAGCCGUACACCUCAGGUACAACAAUAAAUUGUACACGGAAAUAUAGAAACCCCACGUAUUACAGGUGGUAUUAUCCUAAAUUCCAGGAGGGAGAGUUAAAAUUGGUGUUAGGGCCAUGGUUAGGUUUGUGGCUAGGAGAGUUAGGGUAAGUGUUAUGGUUACAGUUAAUGUUAGGACACGGGAGUAAGAACGGCCUGGAGCUUGGGGGGGGGGGAGAUCCGUAUUCUCCUGUUUGACCAAAAACGGACUCCUAGAUGUCUUUUUGGAUAGCCGUAUGAACUGCAGGCGACCUGAAUCAUUAACUAUACGCAGAUUCACCAGAAAGCCUCACUAAGUCAGAAAUAUCCCUGAUACAUCACUCACUUAAAGCUGAACACAUUUCAAAAAUGCAUCUGUGCGCCGCGUUCGGGGCGAGUGGAUAAUAAAUUUAGAUGGAACUGACAGGUGUGAUCGUAAACAUACCAUUUUGUGUUUGUGGAGAGAACGUUUCUUCCGUUAAAUUAAUUUACACUUUUCGUUCGUUUUGCAUUACGUCGAGUUUCAGAUCGGCCUUGAAAUAUUACUGAAUACUUCAUGAUUUUCAGUGUUUUCAUCCGAUCGUCCAUAAGGACAGACUCUGAAUUACCUGUUAAAACUUUGAAAUAAGAUAAUUCUUGAAGGCAUUUACCAAAUUAAUGAGUGUUUGGGUGCUACUUUUCACGAAGAAGGUCAUUUGGGUCACAUGUGAAGACUUACUCAAGCAUCAAACUUCAUUUUCGAAAAAAAUGGCUGUCCACAACGAAAGUCAGCAACGAAUAUGCCUUCGAUCAAUAAGAAAACUUUCCCUAAUAAGGUACCUCUUUAAGAAGUGCUUUAAUGCUGCAUUCUGUUGACGGAUCUCUGUGUACUUUGCAUUUUUGCACGGUGAGGUCAAGAAAAAAUCUGACACUUUUGGCCGUUCCUUUCAUGUUCCUAAAUAAUACUAAUAUUUUUCAACUGUAAACUUAAGAACAUGCCUUUUUCUAUAUACUGAGGUCGUUUGCACUGUUUUUGUUGUUUAUUAAAACUCUCGCGUGUAGAUUACUUUCUUUUCAAUGGAAAACUCGCUUAGAUGCGCAAUCGGAGUUUAGGCCAUGUAUUGGCAUAGAAAAUUGCAUAAAUAUAUUGCAUCGUCCAUUUUCGCCAAAAUCUAUUAGUAUUUCGCUUGAUAUAAUAACGUAAAGACAAUUUCUGUGAAAGAAAAGGACAUUUCAUCGAAGGAAGUGGAUAAGCAAGCAAAAUUCGCAAAGUUAAAGACGUUCAAAAAUUUUCGCAUCCGUUUCCGUUAUCAGGUUCUAUGAGAUAGGUCACGCAAUGUAUGCUACAGAGCCUGGUCAAGGUAAGUGAUGGAUAUUUAGCACCGUCCGCAUCAGAACUGUUUUUUGGAGGUCAUCAUGUUGUUCGGCAGGGAAAAAACUGGAACCUGUCAUCGGAAAGUAGAAGACAAGUAAGUCAGAGUAGGGAAUAAGUGAACACCUAACUGACCGCAGUAUCAGUAUUAUAUGCGAGCUGGUGCUAGUACAACCAAUGGAUGAUUAUCAGUGCUAUCGAUAACAACGGUGUAAGAUUACAUGACUUCAUUAAGACGUGUGUGUGCUGUAGUCAGUCCACAUGCUGUUGCAGUUUGAAACUUGAGAGUGGAUUUAAAACAUCCGUUCAUACUGUGAAAAGGGUUUAGAGGGGUGAAAGCCGUGUGAAUUGCCGUAGCUGAUUGGAUUGGCUAAAGGACGGGGUGCAUUCACUGGAGCAAAACUAUUCGCGUUGGUGAGCCACGGUUUCGGCACGAAAGAACCGCGAGACCAACUCCGAGUUGGGAGUCAGGGGACGAACGAUCCCGUAACUGAUUGUGUAUGUUUACUGUGUAUCGUGAUUGAGAUCUCGUCUGUGUUCGGGCAACUGUCUGGAGGUCAGGAGAAAGUUGUCUGGUUUUUCUUGAGGGGGACAUAAACAGUUUGCGCUUUGUCAAUUGCAUUUGCAUUCAGUACUGUUAUGUGGGCAAGAGCUGAUUAUAUAGGUCGACAGUGCACAGCUCAGGAGUUCAAAGGCCCCCUCCCCUUCUAGCAUCGGAUACUUCUCACCACUAGUUUAACUGACACGUUUGCACAUCCCAAUUCAUAUAACCUACGACGUACUGAUGAUCGGUAACGACCGUGAAACAGCUGUCCGAGUCUGGCCUGUUGCACUCCUAGUGAGCUCCUUUUAUACUAGCUGGUUUCCCUGGUCUAAACCCCUUCAGAGUUUGUUCGGGGAGCUUUCGGCUGAUGCUUCUCAAAACAGGGAGAGUACAAGUGUGUGUUGUAUUACGUUGAGUGCUUGCCACGAGGAAGUAGUCCUCAGAAUCAGUGUCUCACUUUCUUUCAUGAACAACUACCUGGACUGACUUCCGGUCCCAUCAUCCUCGUCUGACCAGCCCUCAGGACAGGGACAUUUUCUAUCCGGACUAGCACUGAUAACAAUUGCAGUCGCUCAGUUCUUAGAGGGCCUCGUGACAUACGACCUAUUCAUUUGCAUUCCCUUGUUAACUCAGCGGCCCUGUAUCCCACCGGUCAUCAUUUCGGCACUUUCGGUAAUUACCCGCGGGGGCAUGGAAUAGCAGGACCGGAGUGAAUAGCACCUCGCCGCCCCGCAGCUGCGGCGCUGCAAUGCUUAGAUGGCAGGCGCACAAAUCAUCCGCCAACUUCGCGAACUUUUGGGCUCAUUCGGGGGAGCAAAGCUACCUGUAGAAUUAGCGGCCACAGCUACUUGUCAGGCUACUGUGGGUUACGUAUCAGCGGGCGUUUGAUCUCGCAAUCGUCUGUACUUUUAAUCUAGCAAACUUCGCAAGCGGGAAAGAGUCCUAGUUUACAAUUAACAUUUGGACAAUGAUUGCGAGCUCUCUCUCUCUCUCCCUCGACUCUUUUGCACGGAGCCUCCGAAGGCAAUUGUAAAGGCUCCUGCACGCUUAAAAUAAAUCUUCUCGAGUUCAAAGCCUAUGGAACUAGGUAGAGUGUGCGAAAAUUACUGCGGAAAACUGCACGAAGUUAAGUUCAACUCGAUCUGCCGUUACACUUGCAUUCAGGGUUUCCAAACUACAAACCGCAUAUUUUUCGCGUACGGAAAGCCAUACAUUUCUCCACGGCAUUAAGAGAAGACCAUAUGGAAUUCAUAAAAUUUACCAGUGAAUCUGAGCCAUAUUGCUAACUUUACAAACCACAUCGGUAAAUGCAUGGACAUGAAGUUUUAUGAACGGCCAUUUCACGGUAUUAAGAAAUCUUACAAUUAGAAUAUUUUUUGGAACCGAAUUAUACCCUUCUUUCGACGGUAAAAUUGAAAGAAGACGUAAUUUGCUACCGAAUGAGCAAAGGACUGAAUAUUUUUAUGCAUGUUUUCUAUGAAAUAUAAUUGAAUUUUUAGGGGCAUUGACAUUCAAUGAGAAAAAUUCAUGCUACUCAUGUAGUCAUCUUUUACAGUGUUGUUUUUGCAUGCAGCCUGAAAGAAGUUCGUUCGGAAGCCGUAUUCCUGAGGUAACUAAAUUAUUGUAGAAUUUUGCUGCUCGAUUUGUUAGUUUUACAACCCUACUUAACUAAUCUUUCCGAAACGAAAACGUAUUUCGGAAUUUCGGUCGAAAUUUCAUGAGUUAGCCUACCUACUGUAAGUUCAACUAGAAUUAAGGCAGUGACAGUGUCUUGAAUACGCUAACGCUGCGUGUGAUCAGCUCUGGGAAAGACAACGCAAGACAGUCUGAGGUCACUUCGUGUGGCAUGUCAUUUACACAGUUACAGUGCGUGACCUAUCUCAUGAAAUGUUGGCUGAAAUUCUGAAAAGCGUUUUCGAUUAGGAAGGAUUACUUGGUCGUGGUUGUGAUACUGAUUAUCUUAAGGCAUACUCUUAUAACAUUUUGGACUCGGCAAGACGUCGGCUUUUAAAUGCACUUCUUUUCAAUCCCCUAUAGAAAGCGUGCUCGGUAAAAAAUGACUACUUAAGCAGCACGCAUUUUUCCCAUUGAUUUUCGAUGGUCUUGCAAAUUCAAGUAUAUUUUAUAGAAACCACAAACAAAAAUGUGCUUUCUUUUAGUCAAUCAAUAGAGAAUCACGUCUUCUUUAUAUUUUAUACUUAAGGAAGGAGUAUAAUUAGGUUUUAAAAAAGUUUUCUAAUUGCCGAAUAAUUUGGAGCCUGAUCAUUCGUUGCAUUAGUGCUUAGUGAUUACACUCUACAAGGUGCACGCGUUCCGCGCAGAGAAAAUCCCAUAUUUUUGUAUGUCAUUAAAGAGAUAUCAUACAGGGUCCAUAAAAUUUUGCAAUGGAUGCGGACCAUGUUGUACAUUUUAUGAGGAGCAGCGGUAAACGGCCAGGUACGAUGCUAUGUGAAUGGACAUAUCGCGGUCUUAAAAAGUCUCAUAAUUAGAAACUUUUUUAAAACCUAAUUAUACUCCUUCCUUAAGUAUAAAAUAUAAAGAAGACGUGAUUCUCUAUUGAUUGACUAAAAGAAAGCACAUUUUUGUUUGUGGUUUCUAUAAAAUAUAUUUGAAUUUGCAAGACCAUCGAAAAUCAAUGGGAAAAAUGCAUGCUACAUAAGUAGUCAUUUUUUACCGAGCACCCUUUCUACAGGAGAUUGAAAAGAAGUGCAUUUUAAAGCCGACAUCCUGCCGAGUCUAAAAUGUUAUAAGAGUAUGCCUUAAGAUAAUCAGUAUCACAACCACGACCAAGUAAUCCUUCCUAAUCGAAAACGCAUUUCAGAAUUUCAGCCAAUAUUUCAUGAGAUAGGUCACGCACUGUAGGAGGUUAAAAAGAGGUCGAUAUGAAAUGCAGACAGAAAUGAAAUAAAACCGCAAAAUUGGGAUUUCUGAAGUGCGAAUUUCGACAUGCACAAACGAUCGAUAUCCCUGCCGCCUCCCGUCCUGACCAAGCCGAGAGAUAUCUAGCUGCAGCAAUCUCACGUAAAGUCUGGUAAACCGCGGCCUGGUCAUCAUCUGUCGCUGCAAUCCAGAUUGUUUUCGUCUUCACAGGCUGCGAAGAUAGGAAAAGCAUGCACGUUUGGCAGAAAGGCAGACCUACUUACAUUACUGACUCCUCUUGCCGUCUCCAGCGAAAUGGAACUUUGCAGAAUGGGUAACAUCUGUCGUCGACAGCUGUUUUACGAAAUGGCCAUAGUUUAGGACUUGGGAGAUUCAGAUUACCGACCAUCUUUUAUAUUGGGAGCUGAGCGUUGCAACCUGACGCCUACCCUCAAGCUUUCAGGGACUCUUGUGAGACAUGAGCUCCACUGCUAAGGUGUACUUCUGGAAUUUGUAAGAAAUAAAGUUUUGACUCCCCCCCCCUUUAACUUCCGGGCCCAUUACAUUAACGAAAACAACUAACGUUUUGAAGUUAUGUUCAAAGCUAUUCCUUCGGAACCGACUUUGAGGUGGCCCACAGUGCUUUGUUUUUAUUGACCGGAAAGCAGAAAAUUAGGGUGGGUAUUAAAAAAUAACCAAUUUCUUGUGAAAAUAUUUCCUUUUGACUUCAAAAUUCGGCGGAAUGUGUAUACAGUAGAUGGGCUAACUCAUGAAAUGUCAGCCGAAAUUCCGAGCUUCGUUCCCGUUUCGAAAGGAUUAAUUAAGAAGGGUUGUAAAAAUAAUCAUUUUUCAGCAUACUUCUAUAAUAUUUCAAUUACGACAGGAUACCGGCUUUCAAAUGACCUUUCUUCCGGCUACAUGCAAAAACUACACUCUGUUAAAAAAACGACUACAUAAGUAGCAUGAGAUUUUCUCAAUGAUUCUCGAUGCCCCUAAAAGUCCAAUUAUAUUUCAUGGAAAACAUGCACAAACAUACUCAUUCUUUUGCUCAUUCGGUGGGCAACUACGCCUUCUUCCAAGUUUAUACUCGAAGGAAGAGUAUGACUCGAUUUCUAAAAACCUUUCCAAUUCUCGAAUAAUUUUGAACCCGACCUGCUGUUACACUUGUAUUCAGGGUUUCCAAACUACAAGCCGUAUAUUUUCUGCUUAUGGAAAACCAUGCAUUUCUCUAUGGCAUUAAGAGAAGAUUAUGUAGGGUUCAUAAAAUUUAACAAUGGAUUUGAACCAUAUUGUUAACUUUACAAGCCACGUGGGUAAAUGCAUGGACAUGACGUUUUUAUGAAUGGCCAUUUCACGGUAUUAGAAAAUCGCACAAUUAGAAACUUUUAAAACCGAAUUAUACUUUUCCCUUAAGUAUAAAAUUGGAAAAAGACACUAUUUUCUGCCAAAUGAGCAAAAAGAAUGAAUAGUUUUUUUCACGUUUUCCGUGAAAUAUAGUGCAAUUUUUAAGGGCAUCGAAAGUCAAUGGAAAAAUCGCAUGCUACGUAGGUAGUUAUUUUCUGCAGAGUAUAUUCUUGCAUGCAGUCGAAAAGAAGUUCAUUCGAAAGCUUACACCCUGGGGUAACUAGAUUAUUAUAGACUUAUGCUGUAUGAUGCUUAGUUUUACAACCCAGCUUAAUUGAUCUUUUCGAAACGGGAACGCAUUUCGGCUGACAUUUCAUGAGUUAACCCAUCUACUGUAUGCGCAUAGAAGUAUCCACAAAGUCGAUCGGACCGCGAUGGCCACGUCUGGCUUACUGACUGUCAACAGCUAGUCAUGCCGAAACUCAGAGCUGGCAAGACAUUGGAUUCGAACCCAGAUCUUGUGAUCAGUGAGAGUUUGGCAGCUCAAGCGCGCGUUAUGAUCGGGAUUGUUAACUAUGGUAGAGGAGCACCCACCGAUCAGGUAACGGGACGUACUCCUCCACCUUCCCUUCUGCCCCAACCUAGAGCCUUCGCAGGCAGUGGCAUAGCGGCUAGUAGUCUAUUCCGAAAUGAGGGUGCCGGCAAAGAUAGGGCAGACUAAGAUGGCCGUUUCUGGGUUACCAACCGUCGUCGGCCAGACAUAUCCAAGUCCAGGCCCUACGGGACAUGAGACUCAAACCCAGAUUCUUUGGUUUUGGGUAAUUAGGCAGUUCAACGCCCUACCAUUGAGCCACGGGCCAAUUGUCCUGUCGGUCAAUAAGCCAGUAAUGGUCAUCCCAGUCUACCUUGUCUUUGUCGGCAGCGCAUCCCUACACACACUACUUGUCAUUAUACGACUGCCUGUGAACGUUCUAGACUGAGUUCCAAGGCGGAAUGGGACGGGCAUGUCCCCUAGUCCGUUGGAUAAACGCCCUUCCAAAAUUGCGAAACAAAAUUGUUUGGAUUUUCCGUUUUAAUCUCCAGUUCCUAAUUGUCCUCGAAAACUAAAACGCGGGGCUUUCGAAUGCUCACGCCGGCCCUUCGAAGAUCUACCUCGAAGCGGAAUGACCAUCUUUGAAAAUCGUUCCUCUGCAAGCAUUUAUUAUCAGAGAAAACGAGAAGUAGGGGUCAGAACUUUUCAUUAAGUAAGCUCUGAAGUACAUAGAUGGCGUGGGGAAGUUCAAAACAACUUACCUUGUACCUGCAUUGACAUGUAUUCAGGUUUCAUGUUACAAAUGACCGGUUGCCUAUUUUUAAACGAUCCUGUGCAACUAGAGAAUCUACUCUCAACACACAGUUCUUUUUACACUAAAGUGAUGAUCAUAAUUUGGCAGAUGAGACUCAGGUGAUGAACGGUGGUGUUGCAGCUUUUUAAUUUCCUGAGACAAGGGAGACUGGAAUGGCCAUUUCUGGCUUAUUAUCCGUCGCCAGUCAGUCAUACCCAACCCCAAAGUGUGGAACAUCUGGAGCUCGAACUCACAACCUGUCAGUUAGAAGUCCAACGUCUCUACUCAUCGAGCCCCGAUUGUCCCACACGUCGGGAUUGGGUAUGACUGGCUGGAUACUCCAGUUUUUAAAUUGCAGCUCUUUAAUUUCCCCAAAAAUUAAUCGCUAACUUGGAGUAAAUCGGUGUAUUUGAGACUUAUGGACUCAGACUGAAUUUUGAUAUGAAUAUUUGAGCCAAUUAAUUUCUGAGAAAAUUAAAAAGUUGUAAUUCAGAAACUGGAGUAUCCAGCCUGUUAUACCCAGAAAGUACGCAGGGAACGCCAGAAGACCCAUUGAUCAGCCGGACCCCCCGCAGCUGUGCCAUACAGUAGCAGAAUACUGGCGAGACACAAGUGUCUGGGUUUUUAGCUAAUGCCGGUGCUGUCAGGUAUGGUAUAUCGCGCUAUCUCAGAACAGUGAUGUCCUAAACUUUCUCGGAUUAGGGCGAAGUUUUUCGCUGGUUCUAUUAAUAUGUGGAAUAUUUUAGUUUACUUUUGGUUCUUGUUCAAAUACUGAUGUAUAGGUGACUCUACAGUCCGACUAGGGCGCAAAGAACCACCUCGAGGGCUACAAAAUAAGGGUUUGAUUCGUUCGCAUUUUCAGGGCUGAUGUUUACGGUGCUUUCCAGUUGGUUGGUCUCCACAGUGAAACCAGUUUUUCAGUUGUUGCUGCAGCAGGCUGCAAACGGAGUUGUCUGAGAGUUUUGACUCUGAAUCGUGUUCUUCGCAAGUCCCGAGGCCAUCGGCGCCACCAAAGUGUAAACAGACUUUAAAAAUGCAAACCACUGUUUCUCUCAACAGGCUUUUGAAGCACAUGAUCACACAUUACGCACGUAAGUGUAGUAGAUGCGCUAACUCAUAAAAUGUUGACUGAAAUUCCUAAAUGCGUUUUCGACUCGAAGAGAUUGCUUACGUAGGGUUGUAAUAUUAAUCACCAUGCAGCAUGAUCCCAAGAUAAUUCAGUUACUUCAGAAUGCCGGCUUCCGAAUAAACUCCUUUUCGGCCGCCUGCAAAAACAGCACUCUGUAAAAUAUGACCACUCGUGUAGUAUUAAUUUUUCUCCUGAUGCUCGAAGCCCUUAUAAAUUUAAAUAUAUUUCAUAGAAAGCAUGCAUAAAAUACUCAUUCUUCUACUCAUUUGGUAACAAAGUACAUCUCUUUCCAAUUUUAAACCUAAAGGAAAGGUAUAAUUCACUUUUUAAAAAAGCUUCUAACUGUGAGAUUAUUAAGACCGUGAAAUACUCGUUCAUAAAACAUCAUGUCUCUGCAGUUACUAAUGUUGCUUGUAAAGUUUGCACUGUGGUUUAAAUCCACUGCUAAAUUUUAUGGGUCCCAUAUGGUCCCGUCUUAAUAGCUUAUAGAAAUGUGUGAUUUUGCGUACACAGAAUACAUACAGUUUGUAGUUUGAAAACCCUGGGCGUAAGUGUAAUGGCAGGUCGAGUUCACAAUAUUUUCGGGAAUUAGGAAAGUUUUUUAAAACCGAAUUAUAUUCUUCCUUCAAGUUUAAAACUGAAAGAUGUAAUUUGCUACAAAAUAAGCAAAAGAAUGAGUAUUUUUAUGCAUGUUUUCUAUGAAAUAUAUUUGAAUCUAUAAGAGCAUCAAACAUCAAUGAGAAAAAUUCGUACUACACGAGUAGUCCUAUAUUACAGAGUGCCGUUUUUGCAGGCGGCCGAAAAGAAUUUAAUUCGGAAGCCGGCAUCCUGAAGUAACUGAAUUAUCUUGGGAUCAUGCUGCAUGGUGAUAUACAGUAGAUGUGCUGUCUCAAGAAAUGUUAAUAUAAAAAAUCACCUUGUCAGGAUUGGAAUAAUAAUCAUCCUAAGGCGUUUUAGUCAUGCCAAGAUAAUGGCUCUUGAAUGAGCUCCUUGUCGGCCGCCUGCGAUAACUACGCUCUUCAAAAGAUGACUACUUACAUAUGUAGUGUGAGUCUUCCCCGUUGGUUUCCGAAGCUCUUGUAAAGUUAAGCAGUUUUCGUGGGAAACAUGCACAGAUAUAUUUUUUCAGCACUAAUUUAGUAACAAACGGCGUUUUCUUCAGAUUUUGUACAUGAAGAGAGAGUAUCGUUUGGUUCUAAAAGGUUUCUAAUUACGACAUUUUUCAAGACUGUGAAAUGUCUAGCCAUACACUAUUGCAUCAGCACGUAUAUUAAUGCUACCUAUAAAGUAAACAACCUGGUCCGCAUCCAUUACACAUUUUCAUGAGUCCUGUAUGAAGUCUUCCCAACGGCAUAGUGAAAUUUGCGGUAUUCACUUGGCGGAACGCAUACGGGGUAUGGUUUGGAGACCUUGAAUGCAAGUUUAAUGGCAGAUGAGACAAAAAUUAUUAAGAAAUUGAAAACCCUUAAAAAAUCGGAAGAUGCUCUCUUCAAAUAACAAAUUUGCAUAAGACGUAGUUUGCUACCAAAUAAGUACAAGAAAAUAAUAUUUGUGUUAUGUUUUCUAUGUGAUAUAUUUACAUAUAUGUGGACAUGGAAAACCGCCAAGAAAAAUCCUACUGCUUAAGUAGCUAUUUUUCAGAGUCCACUUUUUGCAUACGGCCGAAAAGAAGCUUCUUCGAAGGUCGACAUGCUGGCGUGACUGAAAUAUUUUGUGAUUACGCUGCGUGGUAAUCAAUAUUACAGCCCUACUUAAGUUACUUUUUCGAAUCGAAAAAAAACGUUUCACAAUUUACAUAGGUUAACAUUUCAUGAGAUAGCACAUUAAGCGUUUACAUAUCCGUUUCCGACCUGUCGGAGAUGAUCAUCACUGCGUUUCCUGCCAGAGCUCAACUGACACUGCUGAAGGAACAGCCUGCUCAUCCUUUUCUGUCUCCUAAACCCGUGAGUAACCGGGGGAAGGGGAAGGGUUGUGUGGAGCGCAUGUUGGCAGACGAGCUGUGUCGGAACCACCAAAGGGCAAAUAGUUCUGCUUGUCGAGAGAACCAAUACAGUCACAAAUAGGAGAUUCGGGAGGCGACUGAGUUAAAAGAUCGGCCGUACACGAGUUUCAGCUGACCGACUUCUACGGGUCUCCUGCCCUUCUGAGGAUUCUGCCAAAACUGCAAUCGGUUCACGCUUCCUGCAUUUCAUAUGACUUUGAAGUGAAGACGGCAGCAAAGCUAAUUUCUGACGAGUCUGCCUGAUCCCGCAUUUCUUGGGAUGUUGUAUCCUCUCAAAUCAGUGCGUCAGGACAUGCUGUUUUCUCACGUAUCAACGAGCAAUCUCUGCAGCCCACGAUGACAACAACAAAUCCCGCGUGGAUUUCUGAACGGACCGAAAAAAAACAGUCCUUCUCGGUAAUCCCAGCAGCCUGCCUCGCACGGACCGGAUCAAGUAAGAGCUAAUCAGACUGUUUUAUUGCUUGCUUCAAUGUCGGUGACGUUGGGGGGGGGGGGGAGGGUGCAGGUUGUAAAUGUAUCCCAGCCUCCCACAUGCGAUUGGCAUUCGCGACACACUAAUGCAGUUGUUGUGCAAUCGCCACUCCACUGUCAGGAGCAACCGUACCUAUGUUUUCCUCCUCCAGAGACUUUUCCGUUCCGAUUAAAGAAGAGGUUUUUUUGGUCCACCAGACAGGUUUUCUGGAGCUCACUUUUUUCUGAACAUCCUCAUAGUCUCCUCAGCCUCUCAGUAUGACAGUUCGACCGUCGUUAACGACGAUGUCCAGAAUGUGUCCCGCAGCGAGGUGGGUGCAGGGACGGUGAUUUGCUCGCGAAUUAGUUUAUAGUAAUAGUAGACUUGUUCUGCAUCUCCUGCACUCCCCCUCCCUCACCCACCUGAGCCCCGUGUUAUGACAGAGCCAAGAAGAACGGAGAGAGGAUCGGCACAGCUGAAAACCCGUCUGAUCGUGCCACACACGCCUGAUCCGGGCACAAAGGAUCAGGUUUUCGUUCGAACGACAAAGGAGACGACGGCUCAGGUUCCAAGUGAGUGAGAUUGUUAUAGAGGACACAUCAAGAGGGAGCAAUUGCGACCUAACUUCCCGUCCUGAGAGGAGGAGCGAGCUCUUCCUUCUUUUGGACACCUUCUAAGCCACGGUAAACGCGUCUCUCGUCACACCUGCCGUCGAACCAAUAUCGCCGACGACGGCGAUACCAACCACCCCCCAUCAUCCCUGUCACCAGUCCCGCGGCGACGGCCACCAUCCUCCCACUCUCGCCAUCAGCGAAAACCUUCCCUACGGUACAGUAAAGACUGAAAACCACGUGGAAUCAAACCUUGGAAGACCAAGUUGUAUAUUUAAAAAGCGCUUGAAUUAAGUACUUCGCUGAUGGAUGUCUGCCUACUUUGCCUUUUUUCGUGGUCAAGUCAAGGCCACAGUUGGGUCGUCCGAUCGGUCUUUUCACUUCCCUGAAAAUUAGUAACAAUUUCUCUGCUACAAACAAAAAACUCAUUUGCCUCUUGCUAUAUUCUUUCACUUUUAGGCUCCGUUCGCGGAUUGUAAAUGCCCAACAGAGUGGCCGCAUUAACACUACGGUAUUGCGAAAACUGCUAAGCAUCUGCCCGUUACGUUGUUAAAAUACGCAUUAGCGAUAAGUAGACCAUCCAUGCAGUCCUCUCACGUAUCAACGCGCAAUCUCUGCAGCCCACGACGACAACAACAAAUCCCACGUGGGUUUCCGAACAGACCGAAAAAAACAGCCCAUCUCUGCAAUCCCGUCUUGCACGGACCGAAUCGAGAAUUGGCUAAUCAGACCGCCUUAUUGCUUGCUUCGGUAUCAACAUCUUGAUGUUGUUCUUUUCACGUGAGGGGAGGAGGACAGGCCCUAAAUAUAUUCCAGUCUCCGACAUGCGACUGGCAUUCGCGACACAGUAAUGCAGACGUCGUGCAAUCACCGCUCCACUGUCAAGAUCAAUCGUACCUGUUUUCGGAAUUUGGUAACGAUAGGGUGUAGGACCCAGAAGUAUAUGGCAACUACAAAAAUACACCCUAGUAUCCAUUUUGACCAUAACCAUCACUAAUUAUUCACCGUUCUCAUUGUUUGAAAUUUCCUUCCCUUCCUGACUAAGUGUAAACUUACCAACGUCGCUUUGUUCAAAGUCCGUUCUUUUUUGAAAAUUGCUUUUUGUUUAUUUUUUAUUAUCGCGCUUUCUUUCUCUGCCAAAUGACAGCGUGCAAUAAGACUUUCGGUAGUAACUUAUCUAUUUUUAUGUCUUCUUGCUCGACGUCCUGUGUGUUGCCCCACCCGUAAAACCCUCUCUACCACCAUUCAACGUAAUACACGGUCCACAGGUUAGCUCAAGUUAUUCGUGGGUCCUACACCCUGCCGUUGUCUGAUUCUUCAAGUCCUCUGUUUGGCAGGCAAGUGUUACUUUAAAAGAAGUUUGUAAUUAGGAAGUCCUUCGGGAUGCUUCUCUUGAAGUGUGCAACGCGAUCCAUAUACACUGCAAGAUUUUUUGAACGCAAGACGACAUAUUCCUUAGUAGCAUUGUGAAUUGUAUUAGUUUCCUGAAGCGUACGGCGUAUAAUCUGGAAACCUUGACGUAAUCGCGGGGGCAGAUAAAGUUAGACCAUCCGAAAAUUAGCAGACUUUUGAAAACUGACGUUUACCGUGUUUUCAACCACAAAGACGGGAGAGUGUAUGAAAGAGGGGGUAGUGGCCAUUUCUGGCAUAUCUGCUAUCUGUCGACAGGACUCCUAGAUUAACGAUUGCUCGUCAUUAUGCGGCCACCUGUCAGGAUUCAAGGCCGGAUUUCAGGGACAAAGUGGAACGCCCACAGGCCCUUGGACGCCAUAAUCCCCUGUGCUCUAUGAAUACCACUGUACGAGGGCCAGGAUUGCUGUACUUGCAUGCCUUCUCUUCCCCCUCCCCUCGCCACCAGUGCCCAUCAGACUAUGGUGGAUGUCUUGCUGAGAGACUGGUCCCAACACGAGCUGCCCAACGCCUGUGUUGAGGCCGGUUGGCAGGUCCUCUACGACCAACUGGAGCGGGCCGUGAAGAGUGCCGAACAGGCAGCGGUUUAA